UACUACUUCUUGUCGUUGAAAUCAUUCUUUACAAGUCUAAUAGAUCAUACAAGGUAGGAGCUUGUAGAUCAAAGAGCACACAUAGUACAGAUAUAAUAAUCCCAGGAAUAUGAGCAGAGCCGGGAGUAGACGCCAAAGGCGAGAAGGCAUGGCACGUGCCUUACAAAGUACCCUGAAAAAGUUAUCUGAAAGCGUAGAGCGAGGCGAGUACUAUGAAGCGCAUCAGAUGUACCGAACGGUGUACUUCCGCUAUUAUGGGCAGGAGAAGUAUGGAGACGCUCUACAAACACUUAGCGAGGGCGCAAGGCUACUGUUGAAUAAAGGACAAUACUCAAGCGGCUGUGACCUGGCGCUGACUAUUGUCGAGGUGUACAGCAACACUCACACAGAGGUCAACGAUGAAUCGAGGGAACGCAUUACGAGCAUCUAUCCUCUGAUUCCCGCAACCGAAUCACUCCGCGAGCGCUUUGUGACUCGUGCACUAGCCUGGACGGUAGACGAGGGUACCAAUACACGGGGAGACCCGCAGCUGCACCACUUGUUCGGCAUGCAGUACUACAAAGAAAAGAGCUAUGUAGAGGCCAUCAGCCACUUGAUCUAUGGCACGGAUGUGAGUGCCAGAGCAUUAGGAGAUGUGCUGGUGCAGUGUGCGUUGGAAUCCGCUGGCGAUGACCGUCACGUGGACUCUGUUAUUGCUCAGCCCUUACUAAAGCUUAUCAGUUUGCAAGAUCUGCAAUCCGCCAACACAGCCUUCUCUCGAGUCAUCAGCAAACACCCUGAGAUAGGAGACUUCCCCAGAAUCUCGUAUCCACUGGUAGACUUGGUGCAGUGUUUACUUGUGCUUUGUCAGCACGAAGCAGGCCCGGUAUUCCAGGCGCUCAAAAAUAGCUACAUCCCGGUUCUACAAGAUAACCCCACCUGCGCAAAGUAUGUGAACAGAAUAGGUGAAUCUUACUACCGCAUUCAAGCGCAAAGAAGUGGGGGAAUUUUCGGCGACCUUAUGAAUCAGAUGAUGGCCUGAGCCAGUAUCGGGCACCGGUAAUUUAAAUAAAAUACCAGCACAUACACAA